AUGGCGACAGAGAAGGUCGCCCCGACCAAACGGGAGCUUGAAGCCUUUGAACUGAGCAACCCCGACGUCGUUGAGCUCAUUCAUCAAGCAGAGCAAAGCGAUGCAGCUGACCGGAAGUUGACUAUCCGCCAAGCACUGAAGAAAUAUAAGAAAGCUGUAUUCUGGGCCAUGUUCCUAUCUACUAGUUUGAUCAUGGAAGGCUAUGAUUUGGUCAUUAUAACUUCAUUUUACGGCCAAACACAGUUCAGAACGAGGUUUGGAGUGUGGGAUCCCGUGUCGAAGAGCAACCUAAUACCCGCUUCGUGGCAAUCCGGGCUGUCCAAUUCAUCUCUUGUCGGCCAACUUGCCGGCUUAAUAGUUAACUCAUAUACCCAAGAUCGAUUUGGUUGUCGACCGACCAUGAUGUUUUUCAUGGCUUGGAUGCUUAUCAUGAUCUUCAUUCCGGUUUUUGCGCCAUCCUUGCCUGUCUUGGCAUUUGGAGAGGCGAUGUGUGGUGUUUCUUGGGGUGUUUUCCAGACUCUUUCUACGUCCUACGCUUGUGAGGUGGUUCCCACAGUCCUCCGACCCUAUGUGACCGCCUACGUUUGCAUGUGCUGGGGUGCCGGUAUCCUUCUAUCUUCUGGAGUCGUCCGAGCUGUAGCCAGCAUUGAAGGUGACCUAGGAUGGAGACUUCCAUUUGUUCUUCAGUGGAUCUGGCCGGUUCCUCUCUUCAUUGGAGCUUACUUUGCCCCCGAAUCACCUUGGAACGCAGUCCGCCGUGAUAAGCUCGAUCUCGCCAGAAAGAGUCUGAUGGCGUUGCAGCAAGAUGGCCCCGAUAAGGAACGUAAUGUCGAUGUCAUCCUUGCAUACAUUAGACACACCACCGAAUUGGAAAAGGGAGAGACGUCGAAUGCUAGCUUCCUCGAUUGUUUCAAGGGAACCAAUUUACGGCGCACGGAGAUCAACUGUGUCGUCUGGGCAGCCCAGCUCCUGUGUGGCAAUACCAUCCUCGGCUAUGCCGUUACCUUCCUCGAAGCAGCAGGCUUCACCGAGCUUCAGGCCUUCGACGUGAAUAUCUCCCUCUCGGCAUGCUACAUCAUCGGUGGAAUUAUCUGCUGGUUCCUUUUCCCGCACGUCGGCCGAGCGACUAUCUAUAUGACUGGCAUGGCCUUCAUGUUUGUCUGUCUCAUCGUGAUCGGCGGUCUUGGCUUCGCCCACGAUAAUAGUUCAAAACUUGCGGUUGGCAUUCUCCUCGUCAUCUCCACGCUAGCAAACAUGAUCACCGUCGGCCCAGCCUGCUAUCCCAUCGUGGCCGAGACACCCUCGGGUCGGUUGAGGUAUAAGACUAUUAGUAUUGGGCGAUUUGUGUAUAAUCUGACGGGAAUUGUGCAUAAUACCAUUACGCCACGCAUGAUCUCAUCGACAGCCUGGAAUUGGGGAGCCAAGGCCGGUCUAUUCUAUGCAGGAACCAACCUUCUCUGCAAUAUUUGGUGCUGGUUCCGUCUCCCAGAGACAAAGGAUCGAACAUUCGGUGAGAUCGAUGUGCUGUUUGAUAACAAUAUUCCUGCAAGAAUGUUUAAGCAUACCAAGGCCGAACGUAAGUGUCAAUUGAAAAGACUCCUUACUGGAGUAUACUAA